UUCAAACUGUCUUUCUUCUGAGAUUAAGAUUAAUCCCCAAAUCGAACCACAAUUUCUUGACAAUGGUAAACUCAUACCAGGCGAACUAGUCAUAACUAACUGAUAACUAUGACUUAUUAGCCGUAAAUCAAGAGGUGAUUAAUUCGGAUUUACCUUCCAAAUAUGGAGUCAAAUAACGAGAAGGAAAUCCGAGCUCGAACUGAUAAAGACAGAAUUCCACUACAGUCGUACUCACACGUCGGAUCUGAGGUGAUGACGACGUCAAUUAUUCGGUCUGAUGACUUGAGUGCUGAGGUGGCAGCUGAGCCGAACAACCGGGCGGCGGCACUUAUGGAAGAAGAGGAGCCGAGCAAGACUUCGCGGCAGUCGUGGUCGAACCAUCUUGACUUCGUGAUCACUCUGCUGGGUUUUGCGGUUGGACUGGGCAAUUUGUGGCGCUUCCCUUAUCUAUGUUUCCAACACGGAGGCGGUGCUUUUCUGGUGCCCUACCUGCUGUUUAUGGUGGCCAGUGGUGCUCCCCUCUUCUUCCUCGAAGUGUCAUUGGGCCAGUUCAGCCAGCAGAGUGCCAUCCAGUGCUGGAGCAUACUACCCAUGUUCAAAGGAAUAGGGAUUGCGUCUACCCUGAUAGUGUUCUACUGCAACACGUACUACAUAGUGAUUCUGGCCUGGGCCUGCUUCUACUUCUUCACUUCCUUCAUGGUCCCCCUGGGAUUCUCCACCUGCGACAACCACUGGAACACUCCCAACUGCUACCAGGUUGCACAGAUAGCGGAUGAGCUGAAGGAGAUGCAGCAGUCUGGCAAUGGGUCGGACGUCAACUUCUCCAAUCUAGUCCACCAGAGGGUCUCCAGUGUGGACGAAUACUGGAUUCGUCAUGUUCUGAUGAAGCACAUGUCCUCUGGAGUGGACGACCCUGGAUCGAUAGUACUCCACUUAGCAGGAUGUCUUUUCUUCGUCUGGGUGCUCUGUUUCCUCUGCAUUUUCAAGGGCAUACACAUCUCAGGAAAGGUAGUGUACUUCACCGCCCUCUUUCCCUAUGUCAUCAUCACCUGCAUGAUCAUCAGGGGCUGUACUUUAGAGGGGUCGGCAGAGGGCAUCCUGUUCUACCUCAGACCUGACUUCUCAAAACUAUCCAACUCAAAGGUAUGGAUAGAUGCCGGCACCCAGAUCUUCUUCUCCUAUGCUCUGUGUCUGGGGGUACUCCCCACGCUAGGCAGCUUCAACGACUACCACAACAACGUUCUCAGGGAUUCGAUCAUCAUCUCAAUAGCUAACCCUGCCACUUCUGUAUUUGCUGGGUUUGGUGUGUUCUCCAUUCUGGGUCAUCUGGCCCACGUGACUGGACUGCCCAUUUCAGAAGUGACUGACAGCGGCCCUGGUCUGGUGUUCAAGACGUACCCAGUAGCCAUCAGUCUGCUGCCUGGAUCCAACUUCUGGGCCAUCCUCUUCUUCUUCAUGAUCAUCCUCCUCGGAUUCGACAGCCAAUUUUCGGGGGUGGAGUCGUUUGUGACGUCUAUCAUGGAUGUGUGGCCUUGGCUGCGUCAGAAGAGACUGGGGAGACCCCUGUUCACAGCUGCUGUAUGUCUCACCCACUUUUUCAUCGGACUCUCCAUGGUCACAGAGGGUGGCGUGUACGUGUUUGAGAUCUGGAACAGCUACUCGGCCAGUGGGAAGAACCUUCUGCUGAUCGCCCUGUUUGAACUGGUGGCAUUAAUGUACAUAUAUGGCUACCGGAAGUACAGACGCAACAUUGUGGACAUGUUGGGCUAUGACUCAUGGAUCCUCACUUGGUUCCAGUUAUGUUGGUGUGUCUUCUCUCCAAUACUCAUACUAGGUAUCCUGACGUUUGACAUAGUGGAGUACUUCCGGGGCAAUGGGUUCCUCACCUACGGGGACUACGUGUACCCCAAGUGGGCGGAUGCCAUAGGGUGGGUGUUCGUGCUCACUGCCGUCCUCUGCAUCCCCACCUACGCCGCCUACCAGAUUGCUCUCAGCCGGGCCAACUUGUCCUGUAUUAGGAAGAAGAGAAGAAAGAAGCAGCAGAGAACUAGCAACGCACAUUGGCCGGUGAUCGGGAGUUUCCAUAACCGAAAGGACUCAGUUGCGAACAACGACGAGACCAAUUCGGGCAUAAUACGACCAGAGGUCGCCAGUUCAUCCCCCAUGCUCAAGAACGAGUCCAACAAUUUCUCCCUCGACAGCCGACGAAACAGAAUAACAACAGAGUCGAAUAAAGAUUUAGAAGACAGCAUAAGUAACUCAGUUGUACUGAAUGUAAAGUAAAAUCUUACAUUAUGAUCAACUGUCUGAAUAACAUACACUGAAUAAAUUACAGGUUCAAAUUAUUGUUUUCGAA